UCCCAUCAGGUAUUUGCAAUAGGUUGAGGUUUUUAUUCCAGUAAAUUCUAAACUUUUUUUCGCUCAAGACGCUGACAGUUAAGCAAAUUCGAAGACAUUAAACAAUCACUGAUUUGUGACAGGCCAAAAUAUGGUAGACUACAGUAAAUGGAAAAAUAUUGAGAUAUCUGAUGAUGAAGAUGAUACCCACCCAAAUAUUGAUACUCCGUCACUAUUUCGUUGGCGCCAUCAGGCAAGAGUUGAACGUAUGGCUGAGUUGGAACUAGAAAAGGAUGAAUUAAAAAAAUCGAAACAGUCGUGGCAUGCUCGUAUAAUAGAUUGCAAAGAGCGGAUGAAAAAAAAUGAGGCAAAAGACGACGGAGUUGAGCAAGAGUUGGAAAAGCUUGAAAAAGAAGGCAAAGAAUUAGAUCGCAAAGAAGAGGAACUGAUGAAAAAGGAGAAAAAAAUGCCAUGGAAUGUUGACACAAUCAGCAAACCUGGCUUCGAAAAGACUGUCUUAAAUAAGAAGCCGGAGCGUAAACAAGAUGAGAAUCUUUCAGAGGAGCAAAGAGAAUUAAAUAUGAAAAAUUUUGUAAAAGAAAAUGAGAAGUUGUGCAAACAGUAUGGCAUGCUGCGAAAGUAUGACGACUCAAAACGCUUUUUGACACAGCAUCCUCAUCUGGUGUGUGAUGAGACUGCCAAUUAUUUGGUUAUAUGGUCCAUUAACUUGGAAAUGGAAGAGAAGCACGAACUGAUGGCGCAUGUGGCUCAUCAAUGCAUAUGCAUGCAGUACAUGCUGGUGUUGGCCAAACAAUUAGAUGUAGAUCCACGAGCAUGUAUUGGAUCGUUCUUCUCAAAAAUACAAAAUUGUGUGCCAGAAUAUCGGCAACAAUUCGAAACCGAUAUUGAAGAUUUUAAGGAACGCAUCAAAAAAAGAGCUCAAGAAAAGAUAAAGGAAGCUUUGGCAGAAGCCGAAGAAGAGGAACGAAAGGCACGUUUGGGGCCAGGUGGACUGGACCCACUGGAAGUAUUCGACACUCUGCCGGAGGAGUUAAAAGCUUGUUUCGAAAGCCGAGAUACUGAACUUUUACAGAAAACUAUAGCUGAGAUGCCAGUGGAGGAAGCCAAACAUCACAUGAAGCGUUGUGUGGAUUCGGGACUGUGGGUUCCCAAUGCAGCAGAUGCCAAUGAAGAUAAUGCUAAAAGCAAAUCAACAGAAAUAGAUUCACCAACAGAAUCGCCAAAAGAGAAGGAAGACAAGGAACCUAUUUACACGGGCGUAAGUUUAGACGACUUAGAUUGAUUUGUAUAAUUGAAAUUCAACUUCAGUGGAAACAUGAGAAGCAGAAUCAUAGCCAUAAAAAAUGUAUCCAUCUAUCAAUCAAAGACAAUUUCUUAUGCCCCUUUGUUACUUCUUGGUGCAUCCUCCGCAACAGUCUCACUCCUCCUGAUAAUACAUGAUAUAAGUCAUAAUAUAACUGUGUAUUGUACAUUAAAAACAAAAACUGUUAAUAGUUUCAAGGGUCAUCAUAAAUUAUAACUUUUCUUCAAAAUCAUUAUUAUCACUAAUAAAUAUGCCUUCAUCUUUGUUAAUCACCUA